UCAUACAUUCUGAACAUACUACACGUGAAGUCCUUGACCUGAAAUACUACACCUACUCUCACUAUGUUAUGCUCAGGGUGGACAUUUUUAAAUAUUUACCCAUGACAUACUUUGCUGUUGAAAGUACAGACCAUCACUAAGACACAAGAGGCCGCUCUUGAGGUGAACAGGGCGAAAGGCAGCGCAGUGUUUCUCCUCGUUUGACAGCGAGGGCUUGUUUUACAGCACAAAACAACAAGGAUGAAGAUUUCAAGCGACGCUGCGGUAACAGAGAUAAUCGAGGGGACGCUUAGGUAGCUGAAAGAGCAGCAACUUUAUCUCUCCCACCCGCUGUGGGCUUCAAAAUAAACAUCAGUGGAUAUCGACUGCACUGCAGAUGAAUGUCUGUGCCUGAAGGGUCCCUGGAUUUGUUGUUGUUAGCAGCUCAUGCUAACCACAGAAGUUGCGAGCUAGCUGGCCUAGCAAGCUAAUGAUUGGAGCGAAAAGAAAAUUAGCUUUAUAUGUUUGAUAUUCUCAAUACUGUCCGACGAGUAUACUCGGUGUCGAGUAGCUGAUGGAGCCAGUAAAUAUCGGCGUCAGUAGUUCAGGAACUGCAGCUUUGGCUAAGCUUUUAAAGUACAAACCGCAGUAAGGUUUGUGACCGAGCUAGCUCCUCAGUUAGCCACCACAACUCAGUGAAGAAUGAGUAGAAAACACCAUCAUUUCAAAGGAGCUGAAGUCAGCUGCUGCGUCAAAUACUUCUUAUUUGGAUUCAACAUUUUAUUCUGGUUACUCGGAGCAGCAUUCUUGGGCAUCGGCCUGUGGGCAUGGGCGGAGAAGGGUGUGCUGUCCAAUCUGUCAUCCAUCACAGACCUGGGGGGCUUCGAUCCAGUAUGGCUCUUUAUUGUCGUCGGAGCGGUCAUGUUCGUCCUGGGCUUUGCUGGCUGUAUCGGAGCGCUCAGAGAGAACACCUUCCUGCUUAAAUUUUUUUCUGUGUUCCUGGGUUUGAUCUUCUUCUUGGAGCUGACUGCGGGGAUCCUUGCCUUCGUCUUCAAAGACUGGAUCAAAGACCAGCUCAACUUUUUCAUCAACAACAACGUCAAGGCCUACCGCGAUGACAUCGACUUGCAGAAUCUCAUUGACUUUGCCCAAGAAUAUUGGUCGUGCUGUGGAGCUCACGGGCCCGACGACUGGAACCUAAACAUUUACUUCAACUGCACUGAGCUGAACCCCAGCAGAGAGCGCUGUGGAGUCCCCUUCUCCUGCUGUGUCAAAGACCCUGCAGAGGAUGUCAUCAACACGCAGUGUGGUUAUGAUGUUCGACUUCAAGGGGAGCUGGACCGGCAGAAAUAUAUCUAUACCAAGGGCUGUGUGGGACAGUUUGAGAGAUGGCUUCAGGACAACCUGAUUAUUGUUGCUGGAAUCUUUGUUGGUGUUGCACUUUUACAGAUUUUUGGUAUCUGCCUUGCUCAGAACCUGGUGAGUGACGUUAAAGCCGUCAAAGCCAACUGGUGACAUGAGAGGAAGGGAAGCGAGGGAGGGUCGCCCCUCAGGACCAGCCAGGUCAAUAUAGCACACUAACAGUCCCGUCCGGAUGAGGAUGGGGAAGCUGAAAACCCUCAACUUUUUUGCCACUGAGCUAAGCAGCACAUACACACUCUUACACUUGUACACACACAGACUUGGAGAGCUUACCUGCCUGAUGAUCAUUGACACUUGAACAGGGAGAACAAAAUCCCACUCAAACCAAACAGUCAACACUAUGUUUACCACUCAGCUGGGAUUUUAACCCAAAUAUACAGAGGACGAUCCUGCCUACUUCACUUGGAGUUUUUUUCUUUUUUUCGGUUUCCUUUCAAUUUGUUGUUUGGACAAGCGUAUUUAUCGGGGGCACAGUUGCACGCGGACUCCUGUCAGACAGGAGAUUGGAAGCCAUGGACGAAAAUCAGACACAACAAAGAAACAAAGCAAAAGGGACAACAGGUCUCCUUGUUUAGGUCAGGCAUUACAUUGUCACAGAGCCUCUUUCCACAUAGCGAGGAGUUGAACAUCUCCUCCUACAAACAACUUGUUUUGAAGUGUUCCUAUCUGCACUCCCUGCUGCAGGGCAGUGUGGGUGGCUGGCCAGCCGGGGAACAACACUACGAGUUCUCUGCGUGUAAUAUUUCUCCAUUGUGACCUUUUUUUAUGACCACUUUAAAGACUCCCAAUACCAUCUGGUCAAGUCUGCUAUUUCAGAUCAUUUCAGAAGAUUUGACUCACAAUGUAAAAAGUGCCAUUAAUUUCCAGUGACAUUUUUUCUUCUUGUUCUGAACAUGGAAUUUCUGCAACCUGCCCCCACAAUACCUCAGGGCCUCCCAAAGAUAAAUGCUUUCUGUCCCGGGUUAAAAGCAUAUCUAUAUUUUUAUUUUCCAUCCAUAUCUGUUGAGUUUAGAUAGACUAACUUAAUGCAGACAGUUCCUCAAAUGUGGUCCUGUUUGCCCUGCAGUGAUUGUAUUAUCUGUUGAUUUACUGAAGGAUAUUGUAUAUGGAGCAGCCAUGUGUGGUAAGGAUGGUAGGUGCAUGCUAUACAGGGAAAAAGGGUUUAAUGAUAGUCGAGAUUGUUUGAACCUUUGAGCAUCCCUCAGGCACAUGGGAUUGCUGGUUUGGGGCCUUUUUACUUGACUAUGUUACCACAUUUGUCUUAUAUUUUGUCCUUUACAUAUUGAAAUUAUUUUUCUGUCAGAGAUGUCCUUUAUUCAUUCUUAUAUUUCCUGUCCUUUCAAAAACAGAUUUUUACUCUGAUUGAUUGUUAGACCUAAACAGGCGCCUGUUUUUUUUUUUACCUCUGACCCAUCAGUCAACUCAGAGAUAGUUUCUUAUUGUUGAUGUUGUUAGAAGUCCUAAUGGAGACCAAAUAAUAUCAGCUGGCCACAAGCUAACUGCCAAGGUUUUGUCUGGCUACAAUUCUGAUUUUAUUAGGAAUGCCAAGAACAUAGAAAUAGCAUUUCUAGAUAGCCAAAAUGUGAAUUUAUCAUCCUUUAAUGUUGGAAGUGCCAGUUAAACUGAGAAAAACAAAAAAUGAAACACUAUCGCUUUUAUCUUUAAUUCACUGUUGUCUUUUGUUUGGACUGUUUUUUUUAAAAUAGAAUAGUUAAUACAAGCUGUUUUUGUUUUUUGUUUUGAAUUAGCAACAGCCUCAAUAUAACAUGAAUGCUGCUUUAACAAUGACUAGAUAAUUGAUGUAUAGUACAAUAACCCAUAUAACACUAGUCUCACAGUAUGGCAUUAGAACCGCUUGUCAUGCUGUUAUUGUUUCCAGGCUGAGUGUGUAUUCAGAUUAUUUGUUCUUUCUCAAGUUUACACUUUGUUUAUGUUCCUCUUUUCAUGUCCAUCGUAUAAACCCUCCUUAUAUUAUGUGUCACCCUCCCAGCUUUCAUCUCAUCCAUGAUCUUCACAGAAUGUAUUUGCUUUCGACUAGAGUUCCCGUUUUUAUAUCAUACAUCAAAUGUAUAGCCGGAUAUGGAUGGAAUUUACUUGACCACACACAGCCUCAUAUACGCAAACACAUACACAGCCAAAAAAAGCAUCUUUAUAAUUGCGUUGCACAGAGGUUGAAAGAUGAGUAGUAUUAAUAUUCUGUGAACAGGAAACCAAACUUUUCCUGCUUCAGAGUCUGUCUUCAGGAUAUACAUACAUAUACAUAAGACAUCAUGGUGCAACAGCGCCUUAUGAUCUCCCGAUAUGCGUACAUGUCACAUGCUGCUUUCACCCACACGCUCCAUCUUCAAAAAAACUACCUGAUCUGACUGCACCUGUUCUUCAGCCUGUCAUCUAGAUGUAUUUUUAAACUCCGGGCUCGUUUGGGGGGAAAAUAAGAGACUGCAAGACAAAUAACAGUCAUCCGAAUUGAGGCAUCAUGAAUAGAAUAGAUCCAUCGAAGCACAACACAUCUGCACCUAAUGACUUCUCUCAGCUAAAAUGGAUAAGUUUCCAUAGGAGGAGCUCUUGAGGUAUAAUCAGAGAGUAAGAGCCUCAAGCAAUCGCACAGAGCAUAUGUUUCUUUUCUCCCUUUGGAUCAAAUAUAGAAAGAUUUACAGGAUGAAACAACUCAGAGCUCUGGUAAAUCCUCACCCAAAGUUGCCAUGUUCGCCUGAUGUGGGAUGAUUUUUGUGUUUGUUAUAGUCUUUCUCAUCCUGUUUUUCUAAAUGUGUGUGGGCUUCUUUGAUUUCACUAACUGCUGUAAAUCAAUCCAUCCUACUCCAGUCUUGAAGAUCAGAGUGAAACUAGUGCAGUUAUUCCCCACCCUCCACACCUUUCUGGUUUAAUCUUUUGAAAAAUGUGUUGAAGCAGAUAAUGUGUGAUUAAUUAACAAAUCUAUGAAAUUUUGACUUUUUUUUUUAAUCACCCUUAAUGGGAAGUGUUUGCUCAGGGUAUGAAACACCCCCUCCCUCCAUUAAAAAAACUCCUGUGCAUGAAAGAGCAUGCAGGGACAUUUUACGUUGUAUGUGCUGAGGUGGAGAGCUGAUUUCUUUUGAGUAAUGCUGAGGAUCUGGCUGAAGGCACAUGGAGGCCACGGGUGUCAGUUCUGCUGCAGUACAGAGCUGCAGCUCUUAAAUAAAAAGCCCCUCUGCUCUCUCUCUCUCUAUCUCUCUUGCUCUGCAGCUACCGCUGAUAUGCCAAUAAUCAGACAGUCACCUUGGUAAUAAGGACAAUAAUACCAUUUUAAUCUGUGAUAGCAGCAUGGCAGGAUUUUAAUAUGCAGACUCCAUAGAGGUGACCUACUGGAGGAUGUUUGUUUUAGCAGCUUUGGGUUAUUCCGGGCUGUAUUCCUUUAAUUUAGGAGGAGAGAAGGAGGGAGAAAACAAUGCUAAUUAGCUUUGUCCUUUAUCAUAAUGGCCUUGCAUCAUGAAACACCCUCUUAAUUUCUCUGCUUUCCCCGUGGGCAGUUAAAUCAUUCCCGAGGAGGAGCCUUAUGCAUACCAUGAAUGUAUAAGUCUUUAUCAGCAUGGACCUGGUGCUCCGCGCUCUGUCAGAAAAUCUAGUUACCCUCAUGCGACGCAAUGCACAAGACAAAUGAAGUUAAGGAAUGUGAAAUAACAAAUUGUCUUUAGUGAUGCUUUUAAGAUGUUAUUCUGGAUUUACAUUUUUUAUAUGUGUUUAAGUGAGUGUGAAAGCAGAUGAGCAUUCCAUUUCUUUCUGUUCCCUGGCGCGUGUGCAGACCGACACGGACAUUUUAUAUGCAAUCACUAAGCAUUUUAAUCACCAGAAGCAACCAGUUAAAUGAUUUCUCUCUUCUGUAGCUGCAAACAAUGUGGAUGAUUUCAAAAGAUUCAAAUCAUCUCUUUUCUCCAGGUUUUGAUAAUCUGUUCAUUACUUUGCAACAUAUGCCUAUACGAAUGAUUUGACUGAAUAUUUUAAUAAUUCCUUUAUGCAUAUAAUACAAACUGACUGUCGAUGUGAUCGUUUAUCUAUCCUGUGAUUCUUUCUCUGUUUUGCAGUCGGCUAAUGUCUUGAGGCAUAUUUGUUGAUAUUUCUGGGCACAUCAGACUUUCACAAGUUUUACCUCAUGGUGUGCAGACGCAGGUCACAUCAGAGCACAGAGAAGCAGCAUAAUUGAAUCAUUUGUGAACAUAUUCAGAGCAAUAGAACAGUUUCAGGGCUGGUUUUUCCAACCCUGAUGGUGAAUUUUGAUCAAGACACAGACUUGAUAUGACUUAAAGGUGUUAAUGCUGGGUUUUACAGAUGUGCUCGCAGUAGAAUAACCUGGAUACACUAAUCUUUUGGCCAGGUUGAAACCACUACAGAUAUCUUUAUAACAUUCUGCUCAGAUUUAAUUUGAGUUUGUGUGUUUUCUUUUCUUUUUGCAGCAGAAUUCAGCAGUCAAAACUUUAUUAACUAUUCAUUGUCUCAGCUUGGACCUGUCUACUCAGAUGGGUAGCCUUGCAAAGAAAUGUUGUAUAUGAAAACUGUGGGACAUGGUCUGUUACACUGUAUAUUGUGUUAAAAUAUGCCUCUUUCAUAUAUUAAAGGAUUUACGAUAA